GUUGAAGCAUCAUGUCUGCUGUAAAGACAGAAGAUGAAAUAACAGUCGUUGAGCGGGAAAUGAAAGAAUUUUGGACUGAAUUAAAAAGCGUUUAUGGCACCGAACAGAUCAAUCAGACUUUAGCACUGAGAGACUCGUGCAAGGAGUCCAUACAGGUGCUGUCAGAGAGAUGGGCCAAGAAGCUGAAAGAAGGGGACCUGAUGAUUGAUAAAAUUCAGGAGUACAGAAAUGAGAUUCUCCAGCAGAACAAACAGAUAUCAGAAAAUGAAAUACAUUUGACGGAAAUAAAAUCUAAUCUAAACCACGAGGAAGAGCAAAAGAAGGAGUUGACUGACAAUGUACAAAAGCUUAAAGAAGAAUUGAUGAAGAAAAAGGAAAUAAUAUCAUCUAAAAACAAAGCCACUAAGGAGAGAGUGGAACGACUGUGCAAAUCUAAAGAGCUGUUUGAAGAGCGGCUUGGAUUGGAAAUACGCAGAAUUCAUAAUGAGCAGUUACAGUUUAUAUUCAGACAUAUUGACCACAAAGAUCCCGACAAGCCGUAUGUGUUUACCCUUUCCAUAAAUGAACAGGGAGAUUAUGAAGUGACUUCGUGUACUCCUCCUCUGGAUUGUAUAUCAGAGUUCCAGCUGAAAGUGAGAGAAACUAACAAUUUUUCUGCAUUUAUUGCCAACAUCAGAAAAGCCUUCACUGCUUUGUCUUUUAAACAGUCUACUUAAAAUUAACUUAUAAUUGCUUCUAGCUAUAAAGCACUUUUAUUUUUCCUUCCUGUGCUGUGAAAAUAUGUAUUUAUCCAUGUCUUACUCUAAUUCUCUAAUUUCUAAAUAAAGAAAAAUAAUUAAAACAGUA